AUGAACCUUUUCUCGUCGUUGACGAGGAGCAAGUUUGAAGGAGUCAAGGGGAUCUAUGGAGGGAGUGUUUUUCACCACAUUAACUUGUCCAAUUUUGCAUUAGAAGGAAGCAGGGCGACAUUCUUUGACGAUGAGGAAAUGGCCGGUGGUUGUGGGGGUAGUGGUUUCGGUAGGGUUGCGUCGUUGGUGGAUGUAGACAUGCUAAGUUGGUGGUUAGGGAAGAUUUUUGCCAAUGAUGGGAUUUUGAGUUGUGUUUUGACAAUGGUGAGGGUUUGUUAUGGCUGUCAAUGGCAAGACUAUUGGAGAAUGACUUGUUUAGGGUUCGAUAUGGCAAGUCGUGGCAAGUUCAAAUAUGAGAAGAGAAUGACCAGUAUGGUGGUUUGUGGUGGUAUGGCCGAUAGUGGAGUGGGUUUGUGGUGGCGUAGUUGGCAAUUGUGUGGGUUUGCGAUAGUUGAAAUUGAGUAUGAGAAGAGAAACAACAUUGGGUUGUUUGGUGGUGGUGUGACUAAUAGUGGGUUAGUAGAGAGGGUAGUGGGCGAUUGGCUUUGA